AAUGAAGAAGAAAUAGAAGAAGAGGAAAAAGAGAAAGAAGAAACACGAGAACUAAGGAUAAUCGGUUCCAAUAACACUAAAAGUUUAAUGAAACAAAAAGAUGGGAAAUAGCGGAAUAAUUUUGAAAUAUUAAUGAACAUUACCGAACACUAAUGGAAUAAUAAGGAAAACAGUAAAGUAAAUAGAUAUAAUUGCACAAAAACGAGUGGAAAUGGUGAAGAAAAAGUGUAAAAUUGUCAUUUGUAGUGUAAUUAUGUAAUAAAGAUAAAGAACGUCCAAUUCGAUAGGCUCGGUUACAGUGAAUAGUUUCGAGUGUGACAGGAUGUCAAUCUUUCGAAAUGAAUAGAUUUCUUUAAACUGUAUUUUUUUUUCUUUACGCGCACCAAGUCUGGGAACACGCGAAUAUUCACGCUAAAAUAGAGACAUUAGCAAACUUUUCCACAAAGGGACCAUUAAAUAAAAAAAAAUCCGAAACAAUGAAGACCAUUUGAAAACUGAUGAAUCUCCGUUAUCUCUGAAUAUGAUAAAAAUCUAAACGAGCCUCAAUUGCUAAUUAAUAUUAACGUUAAUUAAUAGCCAUUAAGGACAGUUUUCUAAUUAGUCGAUCUAAUUACCUAAAUAUUAUUAUAAAAUAUCAGAGAAAUAACACGAAAUUCAAUUUGCAUGUGUAAAGUAAUUUACAAUGUAUAGAGGAAAAAGAAAGCGUGAAGGUCGUGGUAAAUAAAAAAACAUUAGAAUGUAAAGUGAUUUUUUAUUUUUGUGAAAAAUAUGGAAAGUCUCGCGGUAGUAAUAAUAGUAAUAAAAAAAGAUUAUAAACUUUCAGUUGAACAAUGAGGAAAUAAUCGCGUGAAAAUCAGACCGUAGAAUAUUUAGCGAUUCGUUUGGAAUCGUAAGGAAAAUAGAAUUGUGAUACUAAUUUUACAUAAGAGCUUGUCGAUCGUGUGAUUAAGUUUUCCAACUUUCCGAAAGUUCAAUGCACGUGUGCUGGAGUUUCCUCUUCUUAAAAACAAAUAUUUUUUUCUCCCCCUUCUACAUAAAUUCACUUAACCCUAUUCUACGCUCCAGGAAGUGCGCACCGGUCAGGCCACAAAACGCUACUUUCGAGACUCACAUGUGACCUAUGUGGAGAGCACGGGUCACGUGAUACAGUGGAACGGUGUAAUUUUACAAGAAUGUUGUAUAGCCGUUCACGUUGUGCUUUGACAAGAAACUCGAAGAUGAUGUUGAUGAUGAACCGUUAAUUUCGUGAGUGUUUACGAUUGAUCCAGUGGUGAAAAUAGGAAUAAAAAGAAAAAAGUUACCGGGUGAGGAUAAAAUGGGAAAUUCAAGAUCACAGCCGAGUAGAAGGAGCAAAUCGCAGAGUUUACUCCACUUUAUUCAGCGCACGUGGAGUGCAGUGAUCGAUUCACAGGGGAGAAAGGAUCAAUAUGGGAACAGCGAUCGAGACACUGAUUUAUCAUCAAGAUGCAGUGGAUGCAAGGAAUGUGGAUAUCAUCAAGACAGCUUUAUUUUCGACAGCGAGUCGGACAUGGCUCCAAAUGCCGAGGAGGAGCUGCUUGUCGUCAAACCCAGAGGCCUGCAAUCGGAGAAGGAGCGUUUGCGGCCUCCUACCUACAAUGCUGAAGAUUAUGCCAUAGCGUUGAGGAGGUGGGGGAGACGUCCUCUGGGAUCGACUCAGGAUUCUCAUGGAACUUUGCCCUCAACGACAAGCUCCAGUUCCGGUUAUGCAUCCGGAAGUGGUGAAAUGACUCUGAGGCAAUUUACUUCCGUCAGUGAGCUUCUCAACAAACUCAGGGCCGAUCUCAGACUUGCAUUUCCAAGUUUUGUGCAGGAAUUCGCAUCACCUCCAGCCGAAGGAAUCACUUUACUGCUCGAGACCCUGAGAGGUGUUCAGUUGGCGCAAGCAUCACCACCUUCGGGCCAAUCUGGACCACGAGUCGGCACAAGAAGAGCCGCUUUAGAUGAGUUGGGAUGUGUCGAGUGUUUGGCAGCCUGUGGCGAGAGAUGCGCCGAUGCUCCCCGACUCUUAGCUCAAGCACAACCGGGUUUAUUGGCUCUGGCCGUCUGUCUAACCAGCAGUCUAAACCGGUCCCGAGUUUUGGCACUGCAGCUGUUAACGAAAGUCUGUCAGUCUCCCGGAGGGCAUGCAGCAGUUUCCGAGGCAGUUUCCACUCUGAGGUUGAGAUAUGCUGAAGGAGGAAGAUUUAGGUUCCUCGCUGGAGCUUUAUUGGCACCGAGAGCUGCGAUGGCUUUAAGAGUCGCUGGAAUUUCAUUCUUGAAUGCCUUUCUCAAAUCUGCUCCGCGAACACAAACCAGGCUAUAUAUUCAGACAGAAGCAUGCGAAGCAGGUUUGGAGCCUCAAGUACUACAAGAAUGGCUAAAGGAAAUUGAUGGUCACGAGGAAGAUGCGUUGGCUGAUAUUUUACACAAAGAAAUUCAAAAGUGGAGCCAAAAUUGCGUGGACGUUGAGGCAUUGCAGAGACGCGUUACACGCUCCGAGGAGACUUGUCGAAUUCUCAGUAAAAAAAUCACAAUACUCCAGGGACAAUUGCAAAAAUUACAACUCGAAAAAAUGAACAAUUAUAAUAAUAGUCAAGAGAGAUCGAAAAUUAUCGACAAGACAAAUAAUCAAAAGCACUCGUCGAACGCCGAAGACGAGGGUAUAAGUUCCUCGGAAAGAUCCAGCAGUCCCGAAGAACUAAAACAUCGUCAAAACGAAAUUGUACCCGACAACGAUCAAGAGACGACAAUAGACGACGUUAUCGAGGAAUUGAGAAUAAUCGUCAAAGACGCCGAGGAAGAAUUCGAAGACCAAAAUCAAACCAACUUAAAAAAAGUCAAUGCUCACAAUUCACUGAAAAAUGACGAGAAAAAAUCAACUUCGAUCGAAAUAAAAAAUUCCCCCCAAAAAAAUCAAGUCACUUAUUUUGGUUCCGAUAAAUCGGAGAGAAUAUCAAGAAAAACGAGUUCUCAAGAUUCGGGACAUAUUUCAAAAUCAUCAACAGAAAGAGGUGUGAAAAUUGUCGUCAGAGGACCCGAUGUUGAGGAAGCAAUUGUCCCGGCGAUAUUACAUCCACAACCACCGAGAAGAACCACUUCGUGUCUAUCAGUUAUGUUGGCAGUGAGAAAUUGCGAUUUAGUCGAUGAUCACGAGGUCUAUAAUUCUCACGAUGAAGAAAUUGAAGAAGAAACACUUGGCGAUGGUAGUGAUUCAUUGUUAAGUGCGUCUAGACUCAAGUAUAAUGAUGGAAAAAUUAAUUCGAAUAAUAAUUUCGAUGCGAGAGUCCCUGGGAAUACGGCAAUUGUCGAUCAGAUAAAGGUGAAUGAGAAUUUUGAAAUUUUACGUGAAACGAGAACAAAGAGUGCUUCGGAUAAAUCGAUAAUUAUUGGCAAUAAUCAUUUAGAAUCGAAAUCAAUUUCAAAGCAGAAUAAUAGUAAUAAUAGUCAACAGCAAAAUCAUCGACAUCGAAGCGAAGUGGAGAAGAAGAAAUUUUUGAGACGAGCGACGAGUCACGAUUUUUUGGAAUCGAAUAAUUCGAGUCCACAUUCGAGAAGAUCGGGAAGUAGAAUUGAGGGGAAAAUUCGAAAAUUUGAGAGUCUUAAUUCAUUCGACGAGAGGCAGAGUUUGCAGAAUUUUAGUAGGUUCACGGAUGGUAAUUUAAGUUCAUCGAACAAUCGACACGCAUCGCACGGAAAUUUGAAUAAUCUCAAAAUGCGUCGUUCAGAAUCAUUUCAUCACGUGUCACAUCCACGAAAGGAUCAUUGCUCCUCACAAGGUGGCAGUGACAGUGGACUCUUCUACAUCACCGAUUACGAUUUAGAACCUUAUACUCCAAAAAAAAUCACCGAAGUCGAAUCAAAAUCACCGAAUCUUCUCACAAAAUCCCUCGACAGGAUAGACGAGGGUCUCGAUUCAAUGGUCGACAUUGUCAUAACCGAACAGAAACAACAUUGGAACAUAUUAGGUCAACGUUUCUUCAAGGAUAAAUCAUCGAAAAAAGAAAAAUCCACCCAUCAUCACAAUAAUAUUGAAAUAAAAGAGAAGCAAAGGCAAAGAUUAAAUCCAAGAGAAUUGAAGAGCGAUGAGCUAAAUUACAGUGGCUAUUUCGGUGGCAAUAAACAAUUACGAAACGAUGAACUUUACGAGGAUCAAAGACAGUGGCAUCAUCACGACGAGGUGAAUGGAUCGAGGAAGUUGCAGCAUCGUUUGGAAUCACCAUCCGAUGACAAGUCAACGAUACCACAAUCAAGAACAGGUUCGAGGCAUGAUUCCUUCAGUUAUGAGAAAACAGGCAGCAAGUUCACUGGCAGGCCCAACGAGUCAGGCAUUUUUGCCGGAAGGCCAUAUGACGCUUUUGGUCUCGGGAAAAACCGGUUCAAUGCCGGGAAAUACUCCGGGAAUCAUUUGCCCAAGGAGAGUGUCGGUGGGGUGAGAAAUUCAACUUCCUCACUUGUCACCAAGCAUGGAAAAGUCACUGACAUCCUUUCGGGUUUAUAUUAAAAUUAUUUCCCAUACGUAAAAGGUUCGGUUCGAUUCUUAUUUUCAUCACCAUUCUCGAUAGAAAAAGGUACCUCAAUUUUAUUUUAUUUUUUUCUUCUUUUACUUUGAAUCUUUACAGAAAAUUUUUUCUUCUCUUAAUUUUUCACAUUUGAAAUU